AUGGAUUUAUAUAUGUAUGGCGAAAAUUUGAAUUUCAGCAGUUCUGAUGAAAUAAGCUCUGAUGAAGAAAGCGGAAAUAUAAAAGAAGUCUAUGAACAAAGUUUGAGUAUCAUUGAAAAUAAUUGUUUACCUACACGUGAUAUUGUUUAUGAAGGAAAAAAAAAAUUAAUUUAUCAUUGUAAUUCGCAUGAAGAAGCAUUAAACUGUGUGAAAAAAUACGAGUUAGCAACUACAACAAGAUUUGUUGUCUAUAGUGUAACCAAGGACUUUGGAAUAACAGAAAUGAUUGCAAAAAAUCAUAAUGUUCUAUGGGAAGAUUAUGCCAUUCAGUAUUCAGGCAUACCUCAUAUGGUUGUUGGUCACAAAAUUUUAGAUUGUCAUCAUGGUUUUGAUAGGAAUAUUUCAGCGAAAAAUAGUUAUAAAAAAAAUGCUAAGAUGGAUGAUCACAGCUUUCAGAAAAAUUAUGUGAUUCUGCAAGAUACAAAAAAGUUUAUGUGUCCUGCAAAGAUAGUUAUGAGAGAAAUAUUACAAUUUCCUGAUUUCAAGAUACCUAAGCAUUCAGCUUGGCACAAAAAAAAAGCAUCAAAACUAUUGAAAGAAAAAUUAAAAUUGUUAUGUUUAAAUGAAGUACCUUAUAUUCGGAAAGUUGUUGUAGCUAUUGAUGAUUUAUCAUGUCAUGAUAAACACCCUAUUGGAAAGGUAGAACUAAUUUCUCAAAUAAUCGAUCCUCAUAUUUCAAAAAAGAUUGAAGAAUAUGUUAUAGAAGGAAUAUACAAUAUAAGGGAAAUGAAGCACCUUCUUCGUUUGACAGUAAAAGAUACUUUUGGAAAUGAAAAUCUUCCUCCUUCGAAUAGCAGAAGAUUCUAUCCCAACACUGCAACCAUAAGAUCACAUAUAGUAAAAAUUAAAAAAAAGUUACGGCAUUCCAUGAUUGACCAAGAAUGUCUUUUGAUAAAAUGUGAAGAAUGGAAAAAAUGUGGUCCGUCUGUCAAAGUGUUUCUUAGACCAAACUGUAGUGGCGAAGAUGGUGGUGAUAAAUGUUCAUUUUUAUUUGUUUAUCAGUCACAGUGGCAACAACACCUUCUCAUGCGCUAUGGAACUGAGAUACUGCUACUUGAUGCCACAUACAGGACUACCAGAUAUUCUCUUCCUCUCUUCUUUUUAACUGUAAAAACUAAUUUUGACUACCAAAUAGUAGCCAGUUUUGUUAUUGAAUGUGAAACAAAACAAGCCAUCACAGAAGCGCUUCACAUAAUAAAAGAUUGGAACCCAUCCUUUCAACCUUCCUUUUGCAUGACUGAUUAUUGUACUGAAGAAAUGGAUUCAUUAGAAGCUGUUUUUCCAGGUUGCCGUGUUCUUAUAUGUGAUUUCCAUAGAGAGCAGGCAUGGCAUCGCUGGAUUGUCAAAAAAACAAACAACUGCUCAGAAUUUAAAGACUCAAUAAUUUCAAUGCUACGAAAUAUUGCAUGGGCACAAAAUGAAAAGAUGGCAGAUAAAGCAAUAGUUAAGCUAAAAUGUUCUAAUUUUUGGUUGGACAACAAAUUUCAUAAAUUUAAGAAAUAUAUUACUAAUUAUUGGUUACAAAUUAAAGAAAAAUGGAUAUGGGGGUAUCGUCAGGAUAGAUUUUUAGUAAACCUUAAUACCAACAAUGGAAUUGAAAGGCAACACGAAUCUUUUAAAUAUUCGUAUCUUCAAAGACAUAAAAAUUCAUCAAUUACUGGAAUGCUUACUCUUUUAAUAGAAGAGUUUUUUGCAGAUAAAUUUGAGAAAUAUUCAGAAUCUAAUUACAAAAUGGAUUGUCGAUUUAAACAAUACAAUUCUAAUGUACCUGAAUACUUGAUAAAUAGGCUACACCAUUUUAUUAAACAUUGUUUAGCGAAGCAAAAUUUGGCUAACAACACUGAUCUAAAUAAAGUGCAAAUGAAAGAUCCUGGAGUAUUUGUAGUCAAUAGCUUUUCUAUUGCAAACAAAAAUUACCUUGUUAACUUUGGCGAUGAGAAGAACAUGCCAAAAUGUUCAUGUAAUGAUUGGUUUAAAUCUUCCUAUCUAUGCAAACACUUUUUUAUAAUUUUUAGAAAGUACCCACUAACAUGGGGAUGGGAGUCUAUAUCGUCUUUAUAUAGAAGUUCUCCAUUUUUAAAUAUUGACACAUUCACUAAUGAUUUUGUAUUAAGUAAAUCAAAUAUAAUCAAGUGUAACCAUGUGAAUCAUAAUAGUUUCAACUUAAUUAAUGACACUAUUUGCAGUACAACAACGAUAAAUCCAUACAAAGAUAGUACAAGAAAAAGAAGUUCUACAGCCUCUGAAGUCCGUGAAAUGCUAGCAACCAUAAAAAAUUUAACAUUUGAUUUUGAUGAAUCAUCAGAAGAACUAUCUGAUCUACAUGAAACACUUUCAAAUGUACUUAAAAAGCUUUAUCAAGCAAGAAAAAAAGAGAAAGGUCUACCAUUAAGCUCAGGUUAUGGUAUGCAUGAUUAUGUACACAAAAAACAAAAAAAUAUAGUUGAUUUACCUGUUGUUAAAAAAAAAUUGUAUUCCAAUCGUGUGGGUGAAAAAAAAGAAAAGUUGAUGGUAGCCUCUAUAAUAAAAAUUGAAAGUAAUUUUUAUGAAGCACCAGUGCAGGAAUCAAUUAUUACUGAGGAUCAAAUAACUGGUGAAGAAACUUUUCAAACAAAUUAUUUUACAAAUAAUUAUUUAGGAAAAUCAGUUUUAUUUGAAAGAAAUUAUUCUUUACUUUCACAAGAAGAUUUUGAAGACAUUUCGAAAAAUCGAAUGUUAUCUGAUACAGUUAUUAAAUGUUUUCAAGAUAUGUUAAAGAAAGCUAACCCUUAUGCAAAUGGACUUCAAGAUCCCAUAUUGGGACAAUUAUUAAAGUUUGAUGUUAUUGGUUCUUUACCAUUUGUACAAAUUAUAUAUAAUGGGGAUUACCAUUGGCUUGCCAUCAGUACAUAUGGUUGUUCAUAUGGUGAAAUAAAUGUGCUUGAUAGUAACUUUCAUGGGUGUUUAAGCCUUGAAACACAAAAACAAAUAUGUGCCCUUUUAAAGUACAAAAAAGAUGAGAUUACAGUAAAAGUGCUUUCAGUACAGCAACAAGAUGGUGGUAUUGAUUGUGGUUUGUUUUCAAUAGCCUUUAUUGAAUUUAUUUUAUCACAAAACAGGUAUCCUAUAGAAGAUAUUUGGUUUGAUCAAACAAAGUUAAGAAAUCAUGCCCUUUCCUGUUUAAUAAAUAAUUUAAUAACUCCUUUUCCACUUACAAAUAGUGCAAGCCGUAGAUGCUCUCCAAAGGAAUUUAAAUUAAAACUGUACUGUUCUUGCAGGAUGAUUUGGAUUCCAUCAGAUAGAACAAUAUUAUGAAGGUUUUGUAUUGCAUGUUUUAUGUUUGUUAUGGAGUGUGCAUAUAAUGCCUGGCUAGUAAGUGACCGGGUCCCUGGCCCCGGCUAAAAACAGAGGUUUUUGCAAACCCGGCCCCGGCUAAACAAACAAAAUUUGCAGGGGUUACUAACCGGGGCUAACAAAAAAAAAUCAACUAUUUUUUAGUAUUUAUUAAUUUCUUUACAUUUAAAUACUUGAAUAGCUCAACUAUGUAAUUCUAAUAAUUAAAAUUACAAUUAAAAAGUUACUUACAUUUUAAAUGUAAAUGCAAUUUUACAAUAAAUUUAUCUUAUGAAAUUUAUUUUAGGAUAUUUUUGCCCCGGUCACAUAUUAACCCCGUUCGCUUACUAUGCCUGGCUGCUUUGGUUGUAGCUGUGGCUUUGUUUAAUUUAAUUAACUCAGAGGUGUACACUGGUUUUUUAGAUGUUUAAGUUUUGGCACUUAUAGACAUUGCAAACUUUAACUUUUGUAUGUUCACGCUUAUGUCAAAUAAGAAUGUUUUGCAAAGAAUUGUGGUGAUUGGAGUUUGGGAACAAAAAACCUUUAAUGGGCCUACCCAGCCAAUGUGGGAACAAUGAGUUAGUAAAAUAUUUUCUUUACUAUUUUUAUCUAAAUUUAUAUCCAUUAACAAAUUUCAAAUUUCAUGCAAUAACAUCUUUUUAUGACCCUGCAAAGUUUACAGCCCCGACAAAUUAUGGGCGGUUAAAACUUUAUAUAGUUAUAAUUUUAGAAAAAUUAGAGAUUAUUGCAUGAUGAAAUUAAAAUAGUAGAGAAAAUAUUUUAUAAACUCAUUGCUCUCACGUUAAGGACUGGGUAGGCCCCAAAAAUUAAAUUUUUUUUGUUUCCAAGCUCCAAUCAACGCAAUCCUUUGCAAAACAUUCUCAUUUGACAUAGGCAUGAAUAUGAAAAAGUUUGUAGUUUGCACAAUGCCUGUAAGUGUCAAAGCUCAUACAUCUAAAAAUCCAGUAAAAAUCUGUAACUAUAUAUAUAUGUGUGUGUGUGUGUGUGUGUGUGUGUGCGUGUGUGUUUGUGUGUGUAUUAAGGCCCUGUGAAUCUGCAUUUUUAGUUUCGAAUCAAUCAGGUCUUGAUUUACGAA